UCCAUCAACUUUACUUCGUCAAAUUACAUAAUUAAUAAAUCGACCUUGAAGAAUCAUCUAUCAUUCGUAGACCACAUUCUUAGACCGCAUUCCUAGUGCGAUCAAAUAAAGCUGCCAAGAAUUUGAUUCCCUUGUUUUUUGGACGUGACAUCGCUCUAUUCCUAGCGCCACUUACGUUCACCAUACCCAAUCUGAUAUAUAUAUUUCUUGGUUUACCCUUCACAACCUGUCAAUUGCUCUUCUUCUAAUCUUCAAUCAACAAAGACCUUUGGUAUAUUUUACUAAGCACCGUGACUUUCCUCUCCAAACACCUCUACUUUUGAGCCUACCUACCUUUCAUUGCUUUCAUUAUGGAUUUCAUUAAUAAGAUCGCGGGUAACAAGGACGAGAAGGACGAGAAAACCCAAGAGAACGAGCAGCAGAAGUCCAACACCGGGUUCAUGGAUAAACUCAACUCCAUGGCUGGUGGUGGUAAAGACAGCGAAAAGAGUGAAGACGCCCUCGAUAAAGGGAUUGAUUGGGUACAAGAGAACAUACUAGGUCAAGGAGACCAGAGUAACGAGAGUGCUGUUGAGCAAGCCAAGGAUGAGCAGAUCUCCGACUAUAUUCGCGCCCAGUACAAGAACACAACAGGUUCGGACCUCCCAGUCAAGGACAAGGAACGCUUUUGAACGCCUAGUGCAUUGGGAGCUACAGGUACAGAGCUAUAUAUAGCACCAGCAUGUAUUCGAGAUCUAUGCGAGGGUAUGAGGAAUGUUAAGUGUGCGUGAUGAAUUUAUUACGAACUUAGGUUCUCCUACUGUGCUGAUCCCACACAAUGGAUCAGGACAUAGUGAUAUAGAAUAGAACUAUUAGAACAAGUCAAGACUGCAACUUAUUUCGGGCUGCUUUGAAACUCUAGGUGCUUAAUCUAGGUAGUUAAAUGACCUAAGCUAACUCAUUGUAAAUAGAUUAACAAGGCCUCGCUAGCUUGUAACGUGAUAGUUGCUUGCCCAUUGGAAAUAGAUAGAGACUCAGUGCUCUCAGUCCCGGCAACUUUGCAGCUACCGUCAGUAAAUGUCUGUCCUCCAUAAGUGACCUUACCACCUUGGUCUACUCUGGACAUGGCACUCUCUGCCGUUAGUCUUUUGGCCUUUAAAGAGCUUCCCGAUAAACCGCCAAUGCUAAAUGAUUGGCUGGAACGGCUACCGCUCCCACUAAAGUAAUCAGAGUUGUAUAAAAGCGCUCGUAGA